UCUCCGCUUGCACGCAACUCACUGAGAGGGAGAGGCAGCAGCGUGCCCUCCCCUCACCAGCCACCGGCAGCUCCAGACAGACAGGACCUGCUUCUCGCACCUCCAGCAUCCUCCCUUCUUCCCUGCCACUCCUUCCCACAGAGAGAAAAAGAGAGAAAGAGAAGAAAGGAAAAGGAAAAAGGAGUCAGAAAGAUUCUGGAAUUUGACUCUUUCCAAGGAGGAAACACCCUGCAAACUCAGUUGAUUAAACACCAAACUGACAGAUUCCCAACUCUUCGGUUCAACCCGGAGGUCUUUUCUCUGGAGUCCUGGGAGCUGUGCUAUGGGCAACGCUGCCUCUAAUCAGCACCAUGAAGCCUGACACUGUUUCUGCUCUGCUCUGGGCCCCACUCUGCCUGAGUACUCAGUUGCUUGUGGUUCCCCUUCCCAGAGCCUACUUCUGCUAGACAAUAGAACCUUAACACUGGUCCUUUGCUUGGGCCUACCUUACACCUGGCUCACUUCACUGUUUCUUCCUCCUCCGCAAUUGCCUGGGGCUCUAGCCCUGAUCUUGGGCUCCCUGGCUAGGACAUUUGACAGAAGAAACACACCACUGAAGGCUUGUUCCUACCCUGAGCUCCUUCUCCUCCUUGAAUCAAGGCCUCCGGAUCCACCUGGAUAGCUGAGAUCUUUUCUUGGAGAAAGAUACUUCUUCCUCACCCCUGCUCCUGGUUUGCCCUACCCAACAUCCCCUUUCUGUUUCUUCUGCCUCUUUAUUGGAUUUCUUGCCUGUGUGCCUAUCUUGGGCUGUGUUGUUGCCUUUUUCCUCCUUCCUCACCCUCCAAACACUCCUGAGUGUACGCUUCUUGUGUGCUCUCCGUGCACCGCCUUGUCUUUCUAUCACCAAAACCUACCCCCUGCCUCCCACCCCUAGGACUGUUCCCUGGCCAGUCUAUUCCUCUGUGCUCUGGCCCAGCCGCCACAAUGAGCUUUACUCUCCACUCGGUCUUCUUCACCCUGAAGGUGAGCAUCUUUCUGGGCUCCCUGGUUGGGCUCUGCCUGGGUCUGGAGUUCAUGGGUCUCCCCAACCAGUGGGCCCGCUACCUGCGCUGGGAUGCAAGCACACGCAGUGACCUGAGCUUCCAGUUCAAAACCAACGUAUCCACUGGGCUGCUCCUGUAUCUGGAUGAUGGUGGUGUCUGUGACUUCCUCUGCCUCUCUCUGGUGGAUGGCCGAGUUCAGCUCCGCUUUAGCAUGGACUGCGCUGAGACAGCCGUGUUGUCCAACAAGCAGGUGAACGACAGCAGCUGGCACUUCCUCAUGGUGAGCCGUGACCGCCUGCGCACUGGGCUGGUGAUUGAUGACGAGGGCCAGUCUGGGGAGCUACAACCUCAGAGGCCCUACAUGGAUGUGGUCAGCGACUUGUUCAUCGGUGGCGUCCCUGCUGACAUCCGACCUUCUGCCCUGACCCUCGACGGAGUACAGAACAUGCCUGGCUUUAAGGGAUUAAUGCUGGAUCUCAAGUAUGGCAACUCAGAGCCGCGGCUUCUGGGGAGCCAGGGUGUCCAGUUAGAAGCAGAGGGACCCUGUGGUGAGCGUCCCUGUGAAAAUGGUGGGAUCUGCUUCCUCCUGGAUGGCCAUCCCACCUGUGACUGUUCCACCACUGGCUAUGGCGGCACACUCUGCUCAGAAGAUGUCAGUCAAGGUCCAGGCCUUUCCCACCUUAUGAUGAGUGAACAAGCUCGAGAGGAGAACGUGGCCACUUUCCGAGGCUCAGAGUACCUGUGCUAUGACCUGUCUCAGAACCCCAUCCAGAGCAGCAGUGACGAAAUCACCCUCUCCUUUAAGACCUGGCAACGCAAUGGGCUCAUCCUACAUACGGGCAAGUCGGCCGACUAUGUUAACCUAGCUCUGAAGGAUGGCGCGGUCUCCUUGGUCAUUAACCUGGGGUCCGGGGCCUUUGAGGCUAUUGUGGAGCCCGUGAAUGGGAAAUUCAACGACAACGCCUGGCAUGAUGUCAAAGUGACACGCAAUCUCCGGCAGCACUCAGGCAUCGGACACGCUAUGGUGACAAUCUCUGUGGAUGGUAUCCUUACCACGACGGGUUACACUCAAGAGGACUACACCAUGCUGGGCUCAGAUGACUUCUUCUAUGUUGGUGGAAGCCCAAGCACUGCAGACUUGCCAGGCUCCCCUGUGAGCAACAACUUCAUGGGCUGCCUGAAAGAGGUUGUUUAUAAGAAUAAUGACAUUCGUCUGGAGCUGUCUCGCUUGGCCCGGAUUGGGGACACCAAGAUGAAAAUCUACGGGGAAGUUGUGUUCAAAUGUGAGAAUGUGGCCACGCUGGACCCCAUCAACUUUGAGACCCCAGAGGCUUACAUCAGCUUGCCCAAGUGGAACACCAAGCGUAUGGGCUCCAUCUCCUUUGACUUUCGCACCACUGAGCCCAAUGGCCUGAUCCUCUUCACUCAUGGGAAACCCCAAGAAAGGAAAGAUAUCCGGAGCCAAAAGAACACAAAAGUUGACUUUUUUGCUGUGGAGCUUCUUGAUGGCAACCUGUAUUUGCUGCUUGACAUGGGCUCAGGCACCAUCAAAGUGAAGGCCACUCAGAAGAAAGCCAAUGAUGGGGAAUGGUACCAUGUGGACAUUCAGCGGGAUGGCAGAUCAGGUACCAUAUCUGUGAACAGCAGGCGCACGCCGUUCACCGCCAGUGGUGAGAGUGAAAUCUUGGACCUGGAGGGCGACAUGUAUCUGGGCGGGCUGCCAGAGAACCGAGCUGGCCUUAUUCUCCCCACGGAACUCUGGACUGCCAUGCUCAACUAUGGCUAUGUGGGUUGCAUCCGUGACCUUUUCAUUGACGGGCGCAGCAAGAACAUCCGGCAGCUGGCGGAAAUGCAGAAUGCGGCAGGCGUCAAGUCUUCCUGUUCACGAAUGAGCGCCAAGCAGUGUGACAGCUACCCCUGCAAGAACAACGCGGUGUGCAAGGACGGCUGGAACCGCUUCAUUUGUGACUGCACUGGCACUGGCUACUGGGGAAGAACCUGUGAAAGAGAGGCAUCCAUCCUAAGCUAUGACGGCAGUAUGUACAUGAAGGUCAUCAUGCCCAUGGUGAUGCACACAGAAGCAGAGGAUGUGUCUUUCCGCUUCAUGUCACAACGAGCCUAUGGGCUUCUGGUAGCCACUACCUCCAGGGACUCUGCGGAUACACUGCGUCUAGAGUUGGAUGGUGGGCGUGUCAAGCUCAUGGUUAACUUAGACUGUAUCAGGAUAAACUGUAACUCCAGCAAAGGACCUGAGACCCUGUACGCAGGUCAGAAGCUCAAUGACAAUGAGUGGCACACCGUCCGGGUGGUGCGGAGAGGAAAAAGCCUUAAGCUAACAGUGGAUGAUGACGUGGCCGAGGGUACGAUGGUGGGAGACCACACCCGCCUGGAGUUCCACAAUAUUGAGACUGGUAUCAUGACGGAGAAGCGUUACAUCUCUGUGGCCCCUUCCAGUUUCAUUGGCCAUCUUCAGAGCCUCAUGUUCAACGGCUUGCUCUACAUAGAUUUGUGCAAAAAUGGGGACAUUGACUACUGUGAGCUGAAGGCUCGGUUUGGGCUGAGGAACAUCAUCGCUGACCCUGUCACUUUCAAGACCAAGAGCAGCUACUUGACCCUUGCCACCCUCCAGGCCUAUACCUCCAUGCACCUUUUUUUCCAGUUCAAGACCACAUCAGCUGAUGGCUUCAUUCUUUUCAACAGUGGCGAUGGCAAUGAUUUCAUUGCAGUUGAGCUGGUCAAGGGGUACAUACACUAUGUGUUUGAUCUUGGCAAUGGUCCCAAUGUGAUCAAAGGCAACAGUGACCGCCCCCUGAAUGACAACCAGUGGCACAAUGUUGUCAUCACUCGGGACAACAGCAAUACCCACAGCCUGAAAGUCGACACCAAGGUAGUCACUCAGGUCAUCAAUGGUGCCAAAAAUCUGGAUUUGAAAGGUGAUCUCUACAUGGCUGGCUUAGCUCAGGGCAUGUACAGCAACCUUCCGAAGCUUGUGGCCUCCCGGGAUGGAUUUCAGGGCUGUCUGGCCUCUGUAGACUUGAACGGGCGCCUGCCUGAUCUCAUCAAUGAUGCUCUCCACAAGAGUGGGCAGAUCGAGCGAGGCUGUGAAGUUGCGUUGACCAAAGCUGACCUGCAAGGACCCAGUACAACGUGUCAGGAGGAUUCAUGUGCCAACCAAGGAGUCUGCAUGCAGCAAUGGGAAGGCUUCACCUGUGACUGCUCGAUGACAUCAUAUUCGGGAAACCAGUGCAAUGACCCUGGUGCCACAUACAUCUUUGGAAAAAGCGGUGGCCUCAUCCUCUACACCUGGCCAGCGAAUGACAGACCCAGCACACGCUCUGACCGCCUGGCCGUGGGCUUCAGCACCACUGUGAAGGAUGGCAUUUUGGUGCGCAUUGACAGUGCCCCGGGACUUGGAGACUUCCUCCAGCUUCACAUAGAACAAGGGAAAAUUGGAGUUGUCUUCAAUAUCGGCACCGUGGACAUCUCCAUCAAAGAAGAGAGAACCCCUGUCAAUGACGGCAAAUAUCACGUGGUGCGCUUUACCAGAAAUGGCGGCAAUGCCACACUUCAGGUGGACAACUGGCCAGUGAAUGAACAUUAUCCUACAGGCAACACUGAUAAUGAACGCCUCCAAAUGGUAAAACAGAAAAUCCCCUUCAAAUAUAACCGGCCCGUAGAGGAAUGGCUGCAGGAAAAAGGCCGGCAGUUAACCAUCUUCAACACCCAGGCUCAAAUAGCCAUUGGAGGAAAGGACAAAGGACGCCUCUUCCAAGGCCAACUCUCUGGGCUCUAUUAUGAUGGUUUGAAAGUACUGAACAUGGCCGCUGAGAACAACCCUAAUAUUAGAAUCAAUGGAAGUGUUCGGCUAGUGGGAGAAGUCCCAUCAGUCUCGGGAACAACACAGACGACCUCCAUGCCCCCUGAAAUGUCUACCACUGUCAUGGAAACCACCACCACUAUGGCUACAACCACCACCCGCAAGAAUCGCUCUACAGCCAGCAUUCAGCCAACAUCAGAUGACCUUGUUUCAUCUGCUGAAUGUUCAAGUGAUGACGAAGACUUUGUCGAGUGUGAACCGAGUACAGGUAGGUCAGAUAAGAGUCUUUCCACUUCAAUCUUCGAAGGUGGCUACAAAGCACAUGCGCCCAAGUGGGAAUCCAAGGACUUUAGACCUAACAAAGUCUCGGAAACUAGUAGAACUACAACCACAUCUUUGUCCCCUGAGCUGAUCCGCUUCACAGCGUCCUCCUCGUCUGGGAUGGUGCCCAAAUUGCCAGCUGGCAAAAUGAAUAACCGUGAUCUCAAACCCCAGCCUGAUAUAGUCUUGCUUCCGUUGCCCACUGCCUAUGAGCUAGACAGCACCAAACUGAAGAGCCCACUAAUUACUUCCCCCAUGUUCCGUAAUGUGCCCACAGCAAACCCCACGGAGCCAGGAAUCAGACGGGUUCCGGGGGCCUCAGAGGUGAUCCGGGAGUCCAGCAGUACAACAGGGAUGGUCGUCGGCAUUGUGGCUGCUGCCGCCCUCUGCAUCUUGAUCCUCCUGUACGCCAUGUACAAAUACAGGAACAGGGACGAGGGGUCCUAUCAAGUGGACGAGACGAGGAACUACAUCAGCAACUCGGCCCAGAGCAACGGCACGCUCAUGAAGGAGAAGCAAGCCAGCUCCAAGAGCGGCCAUAAGAAACAAAAAAACAAAGACAAGGAGUAUUAUGUGUAAACACAACGCCUAUCGUAUGUGAAUUUAAAACAGAUUCAUAUACACACACCUGAGUACUUUGACAAUGAGACUUAACUUGUCGGAUGUGUUCUGUGAGACGGGGUACACCAUGACUGUGGUGGGGAAAGCCAUUUUUUAAAGGACACAUACGAUGGUGUAUCUCUCUGUAAAGUUCAGCCAUGCUGCGAGGUUGCAGCCAUGGCUCGGAGACAGAAAGUUCUCUCUGCCCUGCUGUAUCAUAAAGCACACGCUUAGCGCCCUGGAGCAAGCCCAUGACUCCAUGCGACUUUGGAUGCUUCCUUCUCUCCAGGACCUUUUGACAGGGGUAGAAGACAAUAUGACUUACUUGUUCCAUAACUGCAAGUGAGUCUGUAAUGAUGUUUGUGAAUCUUGACUGUAACAAUGUUGGGUUAUUUUUUGUUCGUUUGUUUAAUUAUGUAAAAAAAAAAUAACAAAAAAAUGAGAAAAGAAAAAUGCUUUAAAAAAAUCAAAAAGAAAAUAAUACAAAAAAACCAGAAAUAACGUUUAUCUGGUUUUGGCUAAUGUGAGUGUAACUUUUCAAGAUCUGAGGGGAAAAUGGCUUUUGGGUUUUCACUUAUUUUUUUGACAAUGACUGCACAUAUGAAGAGAAAAAAAUACUCAGAAAACAAAAUGUAUGAGACUCUUGCCAUAUGAACUCAAAAGCUACCAUGGCAUUCACUCCACGUAGCAGGUUGUAGUAGCUCUAGAAUCUGUUGUUUGUUUCCUAAUGCUUUGAUGAACCUAUGGGGUGGAUGAUGAUCUACUUGAAAAGUGGCUCCCCAAGAUCUAAUUUCAAUGUUUGCCACUCAAACCUCGAACAGACAGGUUUGGGGCCGGUUUUAUCAGAGCUAUUGGUUUCACUUAACAAAUACUGUCCCUGUCCAUCGACCCAAAUUGUGUGAAAGGGGAGAGAGAAGCCCCACAAAUUGAAGCAGAGCCUUUCCAAGGGAAGGGCAGGGGGUGGACUGGAUCUGUGAUUGGUCGAAAUGCAUGCAGAUAAAGAAAAGACAAUACUAAGGUCUGUUUCAACAGACUGCAGGGGCGUUCCCAACUUGUAACACAACCACAAAUGCUCACAACGAGCCAUGUUGUGGCCAAGUGUGAAAGUCAGUUCUUUCCCCACCUCCAACGUGAUAAUGGUUUCCAUAGCGGUUUGAUUUUGUAGCCUGAUGUGAAUAAAUCUCUUUCCAUCUCCUUCAUGUCGCCCUUCACCCAUCUUUUCUAAAAACAGAUAAAUAAAUGAAUAAAGCUGCUGUGACACGCAAAAGGAAUUUAAUAGUAUAAUAUAUAUAAAUAAAUAUAUAUACAGAUAUAUUUAUCAUGGUAUGUUUGACGGGAUGACUGACACAGAAAUCUGUUCAAGUCUUGAAGUGGAAUGAGAAUGUUAUUUUAAAAGAAAAAAAUAACAAAACAACAAAAAAGCGAACCUUAAAAUGUGAAGAAAGUGUGAGUUUUCGUUUUGUCACAGUUAACUGUGUCAAAGAGAAUUUAAACAACAACAACAAAAACUUCUCAGAUUUUGUUUACAUAUUUUACUACAUUUUUGCUGGUAUAAUUCCUUAGUCACGUAUGUACAUACCGCUUUAAGAACUGUUAUUUCCUUUCUCUCUGUUUGUUUGCUUUGUAUCCCAUUCUGUCUCCUUUUUAUAAAGAGGAAACAAUGUACACGUAACAAUAAACUGGUUUUGUGGCCAUAGCCAUUCAAACAGCAAGAAGAUAAAACAAGGCACAUAUUCGCAUAAAGGUGAAGUGUGUCUUCUGGAGGGGCAGACAUAAAUACGAUUUCUUUUGUACAGAUGAAAACAAUCAGCCGUCUAGAUUUAGAAAUCUACUCUUGCUGGUCUUUGUAAGUUGCAUGAAUAUUUGACUUUGAAAAAUAAAUCUUAAAGACACGGGGCAGAAGGCACAGUCUAAAACAAUGGUAGCCUUUACUGAUGUGUAUGGAAAGAGAUGUUCCUCCUUAUCUGAGAUUUCAAUGUGUUAAGAGUUCUCAUUUUUGUUGUCAUUAAAAAGACAGAACUAUAAAAGGAUAUCAAAGCACGAUUUUCGAUCAAUGGCCCAGCGUAUAUGAAGUUGAUUAUAUCUCGGUGUUUGUGAUGGAUUGCUGUUCUUAGAGUCUUGAGGUCUUGUGAACUGAUCUCCUGCUUUCUUUCUUUACAUUUUUUAAAAGUCUGAGUAAAAACUCAUCUGUUUAUUCCUUUUCGUGUAAGUUUCUAUUUGGACAAUUUUACGGGAACUUGUGCAUUCUGUAUGUGAGCUUUCAUUGUUUUCCUCGCAGACCCUCAAGGAAUUUCUUUCAUGAUGUUGUGAUGUUCCUGCUUUUUCUUUUUCCUUUUUACUUUUAUUUCCCAUUUGCUUUUUCGUUCAAGGAUAUGCUUAGCAAUAAAAUGUUCUU